AUGCCGCAGCUCCCGGACGGGACGGUGGUGCUGCGGUUUGCUGAUGCCGGCACGGGCGGCGGGCACGUGGAGGUAGAGCGGAACGUGGUGGAAUUUCUGCAGGAAUGCACGACGACGUACUGCCGUCUCAUCGAUAACGACACGAUUGACCAGAUCGUGGGCACACAUGUGCCCCUCCAACCAGCCCAGCAGCUAUCCCAUCUGGUAACCACCACCGCUCACAACACCGUAUCUGCACUCAAGGAGAUUCUGUCCGGCCACACCCAUCAGCACCACCACGCACCUGCCACAACCGUCCGUGCCUCUGCCAGGGAAACGCAGCUUGCUGCCGUAAAGACCACUCCUGCACUAGCUUCUGUAGCUCCUUCAGCUGCAUCACAGAAACCAGCAGCAGCUGAACGUGAGAGCUAUAGGGCGUUCCAGCUUGCGCCCACUGCUGUUAAGGCGGUUGCACCUGUUGUGCUAGUAGCAGCAGCGGCGGCAGUAGUGCAAGUGGCCAAGGCUAUGGGCCUGCUGGGGAAGCUACCAGGAAACGCCCUCAAGACGUGGGUACAGUGGAGUUGGCCUGCUGCAGCUGUGAUUGUAGCGGUGGCUGCAGGAAUGAUUAUAUGGAGCGGGGUCAAUGGAAGGCAAUCUGGCAAGACGCUACAGCUAUCUUCCAUGUAA